GGAUCACUCACGGGCAGUUGAACCCGGUCUUGGUUCCGGCUCCACAAAACCUGAGCUUAGCUCAACCCUGGCUUCCCAGUUCCACUCCACCAUGGCAGCCGCCACCUUCGAUGCGCCCGAUGCGACCGACGUCAACAACGCGCCAUUAAAACAAAAAAGAGCCCCGACUCGACCUCGCAACGGGAAGGAAGACCACCGGCCGUGAGCCACAGCGAAGGAGCGAGAGGUCCUCGAACGCGUGCAGCAAGCAACCCCCACACCAUGGCCGGCACAAAGCGACCUCGCCCCGAGUCGGACGACCGGCGCGUCGACGACGACGACAACCACCCCCCAACAACAGAAGACCCAGAAGAAGAAGAAACCAUGCCACCACCACCACCACCCCCGCCCUCCAAACGCCGCCGACUCCUACCCCCCACCACCACCCCCUCCCGCUCUACAAACCCAACCCCCAAACCCACACCCAAACCCAACCCAGCGACGAUCCCCCCGCCCUCAGGCCGCGACCUCCUCUCGCCGCUCUCGGACGAGCUCCUCGUGCGCAUCCUCGCCUCGCUCUCCCUCCCCCACCUCCUCGCCGUCGCCCCCGUGUCGCGCCGCUUCUACCGCCUCGCUGCCGACUCCCAGCUGUGGAAGGCAUUGUACUACGCCCGCUUUGUCCUGCCGCGCGCUAUGCGCAUCCCGGGGUUUCGGGAUGGGGGUGGUGCUGCGGGUGGUGGUGCCGUGGGGGGUGGUGGUGGGGGUGGUCGGCCGGGGCAUAAGUUGCAUUAUUCGGGGAGGAGGACGCUGUGGGCGGAUGGGCGGCGGGGUGGGGUUGGGACGAGGAAGAAGGAGGGGAUGGGGGGGGAAGAGGUCGUGCCGCGGCCGGUGGACUGGAAACGGCAGUAUAAGAUUCGGUACAAUUGGGCGAGGGGGAAGUGUGCGGUGGAAGAAUUGAAGCUUGGUCCAGAGGUGGGGGUUGAGGAUGGAGGGAGGAGAAAAAUGCUCGUGAAGGUGGUGGAAGGGAUUGCGGUCACGGUUGAUAGUGAUGAGGGGCUUCGCGCCUGGGAUCUUAAGAGCCGGAGCAUGAUUGCGUCGAUCGAGAUCAGGGAUAACGGCUCUGAUACCGCGCCGAGUUGUAUAGCCGUUGACGAGAGCGAGUUUGAACGCGGGCUGCUCGAUGUCGCAGUGGGUUUCGACGACGGAAGUUUUGGGGUAUGGCGGUUGUCUAUCGACAAGAGGCGGUUGGAACGGCGGUACCGGCAUGAGAAGUCGAGCAACGGCGGGCUAAUGGCAAUGGCCUUCUCAUACCCAUACUUACUCACCGCCACAGAUGCAGUCUUAAUCUCUUUGUACACCUUUGAGGGUCCCAACCCAAGCGAGGUCAAGCAGGGGAGCCGGCGGGCGGAUGCUCCAAGCGAGGGCGCCGCCAAACUAUCUUCGCCAUAUCUCCUGACAUCUCUCGAUUCACACACUUCGCGGCCGCCUCUGGCGUUGUCUAUCCGCAGAGCUGGAAAGGCAACAGUUGCCUCUGUGGCCUACACAUUCUCCACCCGGCGAGGUUGGUCCAUCGGCCUCCAAGAUUUGCACAUUCGCCAGCCGGUGUCGGACACCAACACCGUUCCCGAAAUCGCAACUACCAGGAUCGCAUACACGACACCGGUGGAGGCGGGCGGCAUCUCUGGCUCCCCGCUCAGUCCGCCGGCGACGCCUAGUCGUGGGCCUAACCGCGGCCUCAGGGAGCCUAGUUCUUCAGUGGUGUUAAAUUCCGCUGAACCGGAGCCUGGAGAGGUCGGCCCUACUACUCUCUGUUAUACCCACCCAUACCUAUUGGCAACUCUACCAGACAACACCCUCGUCUUACACAUGUGCACGUCCAACGCUUCGUCUCUUUCAAUCUCAGACGGCAUCCGGCUCUGGGGCCAUACCUCUGGGAUUAGCGAUGCUGAGAUCACCGCCCGUGGCAAGGCUGUCAGUGUUAGCACCCGGGGCGAGGAGAUGCGCGUGUGGGAGCUCGAAGGACGAUCGGCUGGCAUUGGUAGCCGCAGCGUGGAGAUUCGACCUUGGCAGUCACUGGGCGGCGGCGGAGCACCGAAUGCCCUCGCGGCCGACGACAACCUCCAUCUCGGCGACCCGGCUCGUGAUUGGGACGAGAGGAGAAACUGGGUGGGUUUCGACGACGAGAUGGUUAUUGUGCUGAAGGAGGGGAAGGGAACACGAGAGAGCCUGCUGGUUUACGACUUCACGUGA